AUGGUGUCGUAUAAAUCAAUACUACUAGUGAAACAAAUUGUGUUGUUCCUUAUUCAGAGCUUGGAUAGGCUUGUGCUUUGCUUGGGUUAUUUUUGGAUCCGGUAUAAGAAGAUCAAGAAUGUUGCUACUGAAGAUUAUAGUGAUUUGGAUCUUGAAUCUGGGGAGAAGAAAGGGUUCUUUCCUAUGGUGUUAGUCCAGAUCCCCAUGUGCAAUGAGAGAGAGGUUUAUCAGCAAUCAAUUGGUGCUGUUUGCAAUUUGGAUUGGCCUAAGUCCAAGUUGCUAAUUCAAGUUCUAGACGAUUCAGAUGAUCCAAUAACUCAGUCUUUGAUCAGUGAUGAGGUGAAGCAAUGGCAACAAGAGGGUGCCAACAUGGUGUAUCGGCAUAGGGUGAUCAGAGAGGGUUACAAGGCAGGUAACUUGAAAUCUGCCAUGAGUUGUAGCUAUGUGAAAGACUACAAGUUUGUCACAAUUUUCGAUGCUGAUUUCCAGCCUACUGCUGAUUUCCUUAAAAGAACAAUUCCUCAUUUUAAGGAUAACGACGAAUUGGGAUUAGUUCAAACGAGAUGGUCUUUUGUGAACAAGGAUGAGAACCUUUUAACACGGUUGCAGAACAUUAAUUUGGCUUUUCAUUUUGAGGUUGAGCAGCAAGUAAAUGGGAUCUUCCUUAAUUUCUUUGGGUUCAAUGGCACCGCCGGAGUGUGGAGAAUUAAGGCCUUGGAGGAUGCCGGUGGUUGGUUGGAGAGGACCACUGUUGAGGACAUGGACAUUGCCGUUCGAGCUCAUCUUCAUUGCUGGAAAUUCAUCUUCCUCAAUGAUGUUGAGUGUCAAUGUGAGCUACCAGAAUCUUAUGAAGCUUAUAGGAAACAGCAACAUAGAUGGCAUUCCGGACCAAUGCAAUUGUUUCGCCUUUGUUUGCCCGCCAUCAUACGCUCGAAGAUAAGCUUAUCAAAGAAAUUCAACAGCAUAUUUAUGUUCUUUCUUCUUAGAAAAUUGAUACUACCCUUCUAUUCAUUCACACUAUUCUGCAUAAAUAAGAAGCAUAAUAGAAUAUAUAUGAAGGAACUUGCUUUGGUCGUUUUGCUUCUAACAGCCUCAGCAAGGUCUCUUCUUUCAGCACAAGGAAUCCAUUUCUACUUCUUUCCACCAGCGGGUCAUGUCCAACCACCCCCUCCACCAGCUCCAAUUCUCGAGGUGGUCAGCAAAAAGGUUGGAAGUCUACCCAACAGGAGAGGGCCGGGAAGGCGUGGAAGAGAUAGGAAAACUAGUAAUAGGCGCCACCGCAAAGUUGUUGCUGGAAGUAAAGACAUGGACACAGCAAGUUAA